AUGCUGAGCUUGGCCAAGGUUGCAGAUGUGUUGGUCCCGGGCUCGGGCAACAGGAGCUGCUCCUCAGAGUCCAUCCGAGCCAGAUACCCCUUGAAGUUGGAGGAUGAAGCACUUUAUGAAGGAAUGGACGAGAAACGUUUCCUGCCCGGUCAAAGUCGAUUCACAGACCUGGUAGAUCGCUGGAAGCUCUUCGCCAUGCUGGCCAACCACAGCCAGAUCUGUGAAAAUCGACCACAUCGCUGUGCCGUUUUCAACCCCUGGGAACCCUUGGCAUGUUUGAAACAUCAUGAGCUCAUCGAGAUGUGGUCACCUUCAUGCUCCAGAGUCAUGCCGAUUCCACGAAGACGUUCCAAGGUUCUGAAGGUGGGCCGUGACUGGCUGGGGAUUUCCCAUGACUGUUCAAAAGGCACGCCUCAAAACCAACCGGAACUCACCCGGCGCUUUGAGUGUUGGGGCCUUCCAUGGGGACCUCUACCAGGCGAAGAUUACUUUGAGACCAUUUCUCUGUUAUAUGCAGUUUCCGCUGCCACCCAGCGCUUUGUACUUGUGGAAGCUGGUUCCUCGAACGGCUACUGGUCAUUAAAGGCCGCCAAAGCCUUUCGACAAAAACAUCCGGAGGAAGGCUCUUGCGAUCUGAUCCUCAUUGAUUCUGAAUAUCCAAUGGCUCAGACCGCAGAGCACUUGAGGGAAAACAGCAUCCAUGAUUUGUGCAACAUAUCUCUUUAUCAAGAGCCUGCCACAGCUUCGCUCCUUGAUCGGCUAGUGCAAGCCUUUGGCAGCAUCAAUAUGAUCCAUGUGGAUAUCCAGUCUGCAGAGCUAGACCUUCUGAAGGGAUCUGAGUUUUGUAAGGACAGCUUAUGGGCCUGUGGCAUUUAUGGACGGAUUGCUUGCAGCACGCCGCGGUCCAUGCGGGUGGAUGCUAUCGAGUUCGUGCCCGAGCGGCGCACCUGGCAAGCGCCUGCACCGAAACUCUCCGCCGCGAGCCCGGUCUUUGUCCCGGGCGCCAGUGGUGUCGGCUAUGGCCAGGCGCAGCAAGGCUGGCAUUCCCAGGCAGACUGGGGUCACCAUGAUUGGCAGCCUGCAGCAGAGCACGCUCUGCACCCGUAUGCUGCGGAAUUCUCUGAGCCCAUCUAUGUGGAUGAGGAGAGCUUCCUCACACCCCAGCUGCUCCCUGAAUCGGAGCCCGAGCCCGCGGAACCCGCGGAGCCAUCGGCGAGUUCCAGGGGAUCGCCCAAGUCGACCGAAGCGGGCGAAGCCGUCGAAGCCGAAGCGGAUGAUGUUCCAGACGCUGACCCCUGGCCCAGCAAUCGCAGCCAAGCGAGUCAGUCAAGCGCAGGCCUUGGCGCGGCCACCAGACCCAGAGUGGGCACUCUAACAGUCCAGCAGCGCCAGCUGCGGUGGCUGUUGGAUGAAGGCCCCGACUUUGGACAUGAUUGGCCUCGGGGCCGAGGGGUUGACAGCCCAAAGUUCUCAGUGGCAGGCGUAACGCUGCGCCUGGUCUUUUUCCCCUUGGGCACCGCGCUGACCAGCGAUGGACAGUGCGCUGUGGCGGUGCUCUGCGAGGAGAAGGCGAAGCUGAAGUUCGAGUUGUUUCUGAAUGGCCGACGCAGCGGAAGCAAAGUUAUGCUUGGACAGAGUUUCAGCUGCGACUUCCGCAACUCGGCUCGACAUUUAAAAAAAAAUCAGAAAGAUAACCAUGUAACAAAUCCUACUGAAGUAGAAAUGUAA